UAACACAAACUGGCAACUGGACCAGAGGGACGCUGAAGGCCAUAUCAUAAUUAACCCCAAAUUCUCCUUAAAAUGCCGUGAUGUCUCUGUUGCGAUGGAUUUUAGGACGGGUGCCUGGGGCCUCGGCGGUCGUGAGUCACAGGCCAAGAGACGCAAUACUCGUCCUAUCACGCCUCGCCCGCAUCGUACCGGCUCUAUCGCCCUCUCGUGGGAUGUCCGGGAGGAGUCGUAGCUUCCCGCCCGCCAGGCCCCCAUGGUGCGUCCGGAGGUGGUGUUAUCUCGCCAGUACCUCGGUUCCAAAGAUCGACGUAAUCGAUGUGCCUCGUGGAGCGGAAGGUGUGCUGUAUAGAUGCAAGUCCACCACUGCUUCGGAUUCCAGCUUCACUCGACCGGGAACUGUUUUAAGCGAAAGAGUCGGGGUCGAGAAGAGUAGUCCGGACGUAUCGCUCGACUGUCGGCCAAAUUUACGCCCUAGAGUCGAGAACGAGGACGACGGCAAAGAUUUAUCGCUCGACUAUGGGCCAGACCCGACGAUCCCUCAGAAGAUCGUACAGAAGGUGUCCAAGAUAUUACGAGCGUACCUCCAGCUGAUGAGACUAGACCGUCCAAUAGGGUCUUGGCUUCUCUUCUGGCCGUGUGGUUGGAGUAUAGCCUUAGCGGCGUCGCCAGGGUGUCCGCCUGACCUCGGCAUGCUGGCGUUGUUCGCGUGCGGCGCUGUGGUGAUGCGGGGUGCCGGCUGUACCAUCAACGAUAUGUGGGACAGGGAUUAUGACGGGAAGGUAGCCAGAACAGCCGCCCGACCCCUAGCAAGUGGCGCUCUCUCCAUGUUUGACGCAUUCGUGUGUUUGGGAACGCAGUUGAGCUUAGGCUGCCUCAUACUGCUGCAGCUUAACUGGUAUGCGGUGCUACUUGGAACCAGCUCGUUAGGUCUGAUCGUGUUGUAUCCGUUAAUGAAGCGAGUCACGUACUGGCCUCAGCUCAUGCUAGGCUUCACCUUCAACUGGGGAGCACUCCUAGGGUGGGCUGCGGUCCACGGGUCUUGUGAGUGGGCGGUGUGUCUGCCGCUGUACGUCUCCGGCAUCGCUUGGACCCUCAUCUACGACACGAUAUACGCACAUCAGGACAAAUACGACGACGCGAUAAUCGGCAUCAAGUCGACGGCCCUCAAAUUCGGCGACUCGACGUGGAAAUGGCUGACGGGCUUUGGGGUAACGAUGAUCUCGAGCCUAAUAUUGACGGGCUAUAACACCCAGCUGGCAUGGCCCUAUUAUCUGGCUGUCUCGGCUACUGCGGCCCACAUAACGAACCAGAUAUGGACACUAGAUAUUAAUAACCCAGUCGACUGCGGCCAGAAAUUCCGAGCGAACCGUCACAUCGGCCUGUUGCUGUUUGCUGGCAUCGUUGGAGGAACCAUGCUGAAAAUGAAUCACUCUAGCCUAGGGCCUAAGGAAGAUAAGCCUCACAGCAUCGACGGUGAUUCACAGACGACCGAAUCAUCGUAAUUGACAGUCGAUUCAAUUACAGUUUUAUGCCAAAUAAAUAUAUUUUCUGUAUAUAUAUCACAAAUCACAAAGAAAUCAAUGUAAUUACCGUAAUUGACAGUCGAUUGAAUUACAGUGAAUCACCCAACAGGGAUUUAUUUUCUGUGUGUGUAGAGCAAUUAACAAUAAUAUUUCAGUUAAGUCACAGUAAUUGACAGAAAAUCAAUAUAUUUAUCGUAAUUGACACCAAAAAUUAGUAUUUAUUGUUAUUAAUGAAAGAUAAAUUCAAUAAUUAUGUUGUUUUUUAUGAAAGAAAGUUGUCUGCUGUGUUUGUGCAUGUUUGGUAGUUUUUUUGCAAUAAGAACAGAUGAUUUUAUUCAGCUCGGAGGUGACCCCAUACACCAGGGGAUAAUGAACAGAAAAAAUCAAUUCGUAAUUUAACUUUUUUACGAAGAAUUAUAGUUUCCGUGAUUCACUGUGAUUUAAAUAUUCACUAUUUCUCGACUGUUAAUUUUGUAAUAAUAUUUUUUGAUCACCUGAAGAUUAGACAUCCCAGUUAAUUUCACCUGAAGAUUAAACACUCGAAUGCUUCCUGUGGGGUUAAGUUAGGUUAUGGUACGUUAGUUUUGGUUACGUUACGUUAGGUUAUGGUAGCUCAGGUUAGUUAAUGAUACGUUUGGUUAGGUUAGCAUAGGUUGAUUAAAGGUACGUCUGGUUAGGCUCGCAUUAGGGUCGUAAAUCUCCAGGUGAAAUAAUCCGAGGGUGUUUAAAUCCUCUAACGAUCCCAAAGCUACCACUCUCAUUUGGGGGGUAAAUGACUAUAUGGCAAGUAACGAUGUAUGUAUCUAGUCAUCCAGAAUCGACGCCAACGGAACGCUAAAAUAAACGGAACUUAUCUAGAGGCUGGG